AUGGGCGACGUUUUCAACGACAUAGAACAGGACAACAACCCCAGUUUUUAUGGCGACACCCUGAUCUUGGCCAACCCGUACCCGCAUACCCGCAGCCAGCAGCAACCAGCGCUGCCAGUGCCGCCACCGCAACACAGCCCUCGCCUCCAACAGCAGCCGCCCCAGGUCCGGGAGCAGAGUCCGGAUGCCACCGACUUGGUCAACAGUACCUUGGGACUCUCCAAUAAGAUCCUGGCGCUUCUAGACCUGCUGGACUUGGAGAUAGCCGUUGUGGCGUCCGAGCACUUAGUGGGCACCUCGGUGGUGGUAUACCUGAUCCAAUUCGGCCGUAAAGGCGAUAGUGACGACCAGCGAAUAAUCGUCAAGCGGCGCUACUCUGAAUUCAAGCUGUUCCGCGAGCAAUUGCUCCGUUUGUUCCCCACGGUGAUUGUACCGCCAAUCCCCGAAAAGCAUACGCUACUCAGCUAUCUUGUCAACUCGAUCGACAAUUCCCACGAAAUCCACAUUAUUGACCUGCGUAAACGUUAUUUCACUCGUUUCCUCAGGGAGCUUAUAUUUGCCUCAGAUCCUCGUCUUCGCCAGCUGGCUCUCACGGUGAAGUUCUUGGACCCCAACUACGAAAUGGCAUGGGACAACGCGCUUCUGGAACCGCCGGUACUGGUACUCCCCAAGCUGAUGCUCUUAGCUAAUCCAGUGGACACUACUGACCAGAACGGGCUCUAUGUCCUCUUACCGCUGAUCAACGGGUUUGAUAUCUCCAAGCUGCUGGACAACAUGCCGCUGCUCCGCCGCAUCAAUGACGACUUGGCAAAGUUGUGGGAGCAGAUCCAGUUGAUGGAGGCGAAGCGCCACGAGUUCGAGACGCGGCUGAAGAUGACGCUCCCCGCUAACUCUGAGGAUGAGAACUUUACACCGUUCCACAAUAUCCCUCCUGAACUCGUCAAGUUUGAAAACGAGUUCCAUCAGCUGAUUAAAGCGCUUGACGACCUCGAUAAGCUCAAUAACCGCCUGGUGAAGAACUACAAGCAAAUGAUCCAUAACCUCAUUGAAUUGGGCGGCAACCUCAACAACUUCUCCCUCCAAGUAUACGACAACUCUCCCGGGGUGGACAAUAGUCUUUCGGCGGCCAUCGAGAAGUUUGGCCUGGCCCUUGACUCCAACUUCUUGAACUUUGAGGGGUUUCUUCAGGACCGACUCAUUACCGAAUGGCAGGAACCAGUGCACCAGAUGAACCAGUACUUCUAUCUGGCGCUCAUUCUGAUCAAAUUCUACAAGUAUAAAGUGAUACAGUACAAGUUAUUGUAUAAGCUCAAAUUCCAGAAAUACCAGGAGAUGUUCGGCACUGUCAGCGUGCCUGAAGCGCCUGGGAAACCGGCUGACCUUGACCACCUUGAAGGCCUCCCCCUGGCUAGUUUAAGCCAAGCAAUCCAGAAGAUCAAGCAUGCCAAAGACACUGGUCAAGCGGGGCAAUUACGUCAAAAGAAGAGCUGGUAUGGCAUUUUCGGUGGCGGUCUGAACUACAACAAGCAGUUUAGCAAACGUCUAUCUGCGGUAGAGGCUGAAGAAGGCGAGAACGGAGCCGACGUGGGCUCUAAAUUUAUUCAGAUGGAGCGGGAACUCACCAAAGUGGCCCAGCUCAUUGCAUUGACGACACGAGACAUGAACAACCUCACCGACGAGCUCAUCAAGACGUAUCGGCAGUUCAUCAAGCAGCUUGAGCGGAAGUGGUUGGAGCUCAUGAUCGCGUACCUACGGCUGGGGAAGCAGUUGUUCGAGGCCAACCGCGACAACUUCACCGAGCUCCGCGAGUGGCUUGAGCAGGCGCCCUAG